UUAAUACAGGCAGAAAACCAGAGUUAUUGUUAUUCGCAAUCUAUUGAUUAGCCGAUGCUUAACCUUCCUUCCGGAUAAUCCAAAACUUGAUCUCAAUAAACCUUAAUCAUCCCGACACAUCUCAGCCCCACACUCCCAAAAACAUCAUGUGAAGAUACUUAAUAAAAGUUUUGUUUUUGUGAUUGAUUGACCCAAUAAUUAAUCUCAAGUGUGUUUCCUUGAUUAGCCCAUAUCUUUUCUUUUUAUUCAAUUCAACGAUCAUUAAUGGACUUCGUGUUGUUUGCUUUCGUUUCGAGAAGGCUUUCCGGGUUCUCAUGCAAAAAAGUGAAGUUCUUGGCGAGUUUCUGAUCUGUUUUUUGUUAUUUUUUGUGCCCAUUUAACUUUUUUCUGGGAAAACAUCAAGAAAAGGGAAGAUGAAUCUGGCGAAGUCUCAAGUUUGGCAACCUUGCAAGAAGAAGAGGCUAUAAGAUCUCCGGGUUCAAGAAAGUCAACAGAAAAGUUUCUAUUUCAUUUCUAAAGAGGGAAAGGGGAGUGAGGAAAGGGAAAAAUGGAUGGAAUUUGUAUUUGGGAAAUAUGAUUAGGUGAAAGAAGAUUUGAGGAUAUACGAAUACAUAUAGAUAGGGAUAAAGCGUUUUAGAAAUGGUUAUGGCAUCAAGAUCAAGUGUUGGUGGGGGAAGUGGGAGUGGGGGUAACAGUGGGAGGACGCGGGUGGGGAGAUACGAAUUGGGGAGAACAUUAGGGGAAGGGACUUUUGCCAAAGUGAAGUUUGCUAGGAAUUUAGAGACAGGUGAGAAUGUGGCUAUCAAGAUUCUGGACAAAGAGAAGGUUCUCAAACACAAGAUGAUUGGCCAGAUUAAGCGUGAAAUUUCAACCAUGAAGUUGAUAAGGCAUCCUCAUGUCAUUCGCAUGUACGAGGUUAUGGCCAGCAAGACGAAGAUAUAUAUCGUAAUGGAAUUCGUCACCGGUGGUGAACUCUUCGACAAAAUUGCCGCAAGAGGGAGGCUGAAAGAAGAUGAAGCAAGGAAAUACUUUCAGCAACUCAUCAAUGCUGUUGAUUAUUGCCACAGCCGUGGUGUUUAUCAUAGGGACCUCAAGCCGGAGAAUUUGCUUCUUGAUGCCAACGGACUUCUCAAAGUCUCAGACUUUGGAUUGAGUGCCCUACCCCAGCAAAUUAGGGAAGAUGGGUUACUUCACACAACAUGUGGGACACCAAAUUAUGUUGCUCCAGAGGUGAUCAACAAUAAGGGUUAUGAUGGAGCCAAGGCAGAUCUUUGGUCUUGUGGUGUAAUUCUUUUUGUACUUAUGGCUGGUUAUUUGCCCUUUGAAGAGUCAAAUCUUAUGGCACUGUACAAAAAGAUAUUUAAGGCCGACUUUACAUGCCCUGCAUGGUUUUCCUCCAGUGCAAAGAAACUAAUCAAAAGAAUUCUGGAUCCCAACCCAUCAACACGAAUCACAAUUGCUGAGGUCCUCGAGAAUGAGUGGUUCAAGAAAGGAUACAAACCACCUAUUUUUGAACAGGAGGAAGUCACUCUUGAUGAUGUUAAUUCUAUUUUCAACGAAUCACCGCACUCUCCGGACCUUGUUGUGGAGAGGCGGGAGGAAAGGCCCCCUACCGCACCAGUGACAAUGAAUGCUUUUGAGCUUAUCUCCACCUCACAGGGUCUCAAUCUCAGUUCCCUCUUUGAAAAGCAAAUGGGGCUUGUGAAGCGAGAAACAAGAUUUACGUCUAAAUGUCCUGCGAAGGACAUCAUCUCAAAAAUUGAGCAAGCUGCUACACCUAUGGGGUUUGGUGUGAAGAAGAACAACUACAAGAUGAAACUUCAUGGGGAGAAAUCUGGGCGCAAGGGUCAUCUAUCAAUUACAACAGAGAUCUUUGAAGUGGCACCUUCACUUCACAUGGUUGAGCUUCGCAAGGCUGGUGGAGAUACAUUAGAAUUUCACAAGUUCUACAAGAACUUGUCGACCGGGUUGAAGGAUAUUGUGUGGAAAACAGGCAAUGAUGUAAAAGACGAAGUGAAUAUUGGUGCACGCAUCAUGGCCUCUUGAUCUGGUUGUUAGCGACAUGCUGAUCUGAGUGGAGUGGUGGACUUGGGACUUAUUUUAUGUUGUCCGUGUUUAUUUAUAUCAUCGGUUUUUCCAAUCUGUAUUUAAUCAAAUUGAUAAACGCCCCCCUCGGCUGUAUCUAUAGCAGUGCUUGUUCCUGUCCUUGAAUGUUCAACUUUUUAUGUAAUGUCAGAAAAUCCUUUGGUGCAAGAAUCAAAGUGUAUUUCGGACCCUCCUGUUUAGAAGUUAUGGGAUUCUUGGAAGCUCCUUUUAG